AUGCCCAAGCCGUCAGAGACCAGUGUUUCCACCCGAACGGGUAACACUGCCGGCAACCAUGAAAAGGUCGAGAAACUCGCCUCACAGUGGAAAGGAAAGGGAAUCGAGAUUACGGUCGGUCCCAAAAAGAUGACUUCCAUCACAUCCCCUGGAGUUCAGAGCGGAGGUGAAUAUUCGGUCAAGAACCUUCGAGCGCAGAUGGAAAAAGAUGGCUUGUGGGAGGAUUCGAAGGUCGAAACUUGA